AGAGAAAAUUCCAUAGAUGAUAGAUGUUUCUUGCUACAUGUCCGACCUGACGUUUACAAUUACUCUUCUAAUUCUGUAAUGGGGAAACCAUAUUUCGUAGAUAUACCUUCUCCACAUCAGAUGGUCAACUGCACAAUUCAUACUACAUGUUUACUUCCUAUAUACAUCGUUUCAUCUGUAAAAGUGAAUGACAUACAGGUGACUGAAAGCUUCAUUGAUAAGUACCAGAUCAGCAAGAUCAAGAAUGUUACACAUAAAGGUCAGCCAGUUUACCAAGCAGAGCUUCAAUUUAAAUCUUUUGUGCUGGGAAACAAGAAAAUUUGCUUGAUAGCAAAAGAUAUCAUUGGAGCUGAAAGUGAAAAAGUUUGCAUCACCAGCCAUAUAGACCCUACAGAUGCGUGCAUGUCAGCACCGUGUAAAAACUACGCCACCUGCGUCACUGAUAGUAGGACCGGGAAUUUUAAAUGCAUUUGCCGACCUGGAUCAACUGGCAAAAUUUGCGAGAUAUGGACAGACCCGUGUGUUCCAGAUCCAUGUGUACGUAAUACUACGUAUGCUUGUUUACAUGGAGUAUGUUAUUGUAAACCUGGAUUUACUGGAAGAACAUGCGAAAUAAGUGAGUUAAAUAAAUGA